UAUCAAAAUGGCGGGUGUCAAGGAGUCAAAUCGGUUAUUUUGCAAAAGUGAAAGAAUGUAAAAUGAAAUUUCGUGUUCGUUACGGAAAACGGCGGUUUGUUGUCGACGUCGACCACAAAAAUGGUACUGUUGAAAGUCUGAAACAGGCUAUUUGCGAUGAAACGUCUCUGAGGGAUACUUCGUUAAUAAAAGUCUCUUUGAAUGGUUCAGAUAUUAUAGAUGAAAAUGACAAAAGCUUAGCUCUGCUUGGUUUAGUGAAUGGAGAUCUAGUGUAUGCUUUUUCAUCAAUACCAGAUGAGACUGGCAGUGAGAGAGAUACCAUGAUAUCCCAGCUGAUUAACAUGGGAUUUGAUAAGGCAUUAGCUGAACAUGCUCUUGUACAAGUGAACUUUACAAGUAUUGAGGCUGCAAUUGAAAUCAUUACAAAUAAUGAAGCAAGCACGCCACCAUCUUAUGGCAGGGCAGUCAACCUCAUUUCAAAUGAAAGUUGUCACCAACCAUCAACCUCUGCAGCAAGUUCUGUCUUGGAAGAGGCCCGCCACAUUCCAGACAAUGUGUGUGACCCUGUGUUCUGCAGAGAUGGGGUUUCUGCAACACUUGAAAAGUUGUACAGCACAGCUAAUGUCAAAACUCAUCAUCAUGCAGUGUUUGUGCUUAUCCAUGCUUUGAUGCUUGAGUCUGGGUUUUGUUUGAAGCACAAUAUUGAAAAGCUGCAAACUACAGAAAUGUUACCAGUUGGGUGGAAUAGUAAUAAUAUUGUAAGAUUGUCAUAUGUCAACAAGUUAAGUUCCUCAAUCAGCUGUCAGCUUGUGAUUACAUCUCUUGGACCAUUUAUCUAUGCCCAUGUUUGGUCAGCGGAAAUACAAUCCAAUGCCUACAAAGUGAAGUUGAUUGUUUCACAAUACAUCAGAGGUGACAUACAAUUAACACAAGGUGCAAAGUAUAUUUAUAAAAACUUACAUAAAGUUUCAAGACUAGUCAAGAAUAAGAUGGUCCAUCCAAUUUUGGCUAACAUUCAUUCAUAUCUUGGUUUGACAUCACCACUCUCACUGACAGGUCUUCCACCUGAAAUACAGCUGAUGAUAUUGAGUCAGUUGACUGCUGCAGAUCUUUUGACACUAUCUGUGUCAUGCAAAACUCUCAAAAUUGUCUGUAAUGAUGAAAAACUCUGGCAAUUUUUUUGCCAAAGGGAUUUUGGUGUAGAAAAGAAUACAGUGGAAAGUUGGAAGAAGCAAUACAAAAUGCUAUACCAACGACGGAAACAGCAACUUAAAAGAAACCAAAUGGGAGCAUCGUCUUCUUCCUUUCCUGAAAUCUCUCCAGUUGUACCUGGAUUUAAUCCAUUCUUGCCUCGGAUUCCUCAUAUUUUAGGUGGUCCUCAUGAUUUAUAUCCUCAUUUUCUCACUGGUCAGCCAAGGGAUGAAUCAUCGCUGCGAAUUAUCCAUCCAGAUGAUAGAUCGCGGUCAGAUUUAAGAUUGAGAACUGAUACUAGAGCAACGAGGGGAACAUUUUUUGCAUGAAAAACAGUUUGUGCAUGUAGACUGUAGUAUUUCAUGUUUCACGUGUACAAUAUAUGUUGUCCUGGCAAAGAGAAAUCAGAAAGUAUGAUAUAUAGCAGCGAAGCAGCGUUUUCUGACAACUUCGCAUCAAAUGUGGUAUAACCAAAGCCAUUUUUCGGCAAUGACAAUUUAUCUUAUUCAUCUUUAAGCUGUUCGACUAUUGAACACUAAAGCGUUGCAUAAUACAUCCUAACUCUUCUGACGAGGGCCCAUCAAAACGUCGAGAACUGCCGAUUUUUUUUCUUUUUUAAGCAGUCGUUUGUUUACACCACACUUGAUGCGAUGAAAGCGACGUUGAAUACUUUAUUUCACUUUAAAAAUAGAAGGGAACCGGUAAACGAUGUUUUAUAUCACUAAAUCAUGGUUUUCUUGUCUUUAUUCUCGGUAAGAGCGUGCUUAAAUUAGUGAAAUUGUACGGUUUGGUGGCGAAAUGUUGUAAAAUGCAGAAAUUGCUUAAUACAGUUACACUUACAGCUAUUUUGAACUAGCUUUGAAGUACCUGUGAUUUAGUGGGUAAAUGUUUCCAAAACACUUUUGUAACAGGUGUUGCGGAUUUUAUUUGCCGUAGCAAUUUCUGUUUGUUUUCCAGCAUAUUUCGCAUCAGGAAUUAAAGAGAAGUUGUGUUUUGUAC